GCAACAUUCUGGAUGCCAACUGCCGUAAAACAACAAAGAAGAAGAAGAAGACUAAACACUAAAUAAGCAGCAGAAGAAGAAGAGGAUGACGACAAACACAACAGUGGUGAUGAAGUAACAAUGUCUUCAGUUCAGGGUUUGAGAGAGUUUGUCAGUGAGCGACUAACUUCUGCUGCUGAAGAAAUAUUCAGAGUCUUUGAACAAACUGUCGUCGAGUACGAGAAAGAGAUCGUUCGUCAGCGCAGGUUGUUGGAUAUCGUUUGGAAACCUGAGAUAAAGCUUCACAGGACAAAGCUCCCGCAGCAACAUGUAUGUAGGCAGAAGAAGGAAGUUCUCACUGACCAGCAGCUCUGUGACCAGGAGACAAACUCCACUCUGGACCAAGAGGACCCACAGACACCAACUGCUGCUGCUGAAGAAAUACCCAGAGUCACUCAGAAUAUUAUUCUUGAGUUCAAUGAAGACAUUAAUUAUCAGCGCAGACUACUGGAUCUUGUUUGGAAACCUGAGAUAAAACUACACAGGACAGAGCUCCCACAGCAACAUAUCUGUAAAGAGGAGGAGGUUCUCAGUGACCAGGAAAAUAACUCCAGUCUGGACCAAGGGGACCCAGAGCCUCCACAGAUUGAAAUGGAGGAGAGACUCUACACCAGUCAGGAGGGAGAGCAGCCUGUACUGAAGCAGAAGAGCGAUGCCGUUAUGUUUACUCCUACGAAUGAGGAGAUCGACCACAGUGGAGAAGAACCAAAGAGUGACCAGCUCCUCUCUCACAACUCUCCUGUAGCUGAGAGCCAAGAUCAGAGAGGAAGCAAUGAUGUGGACCCGGGAUCAACUAGAGAUGUAGAGUCAAAGAGAGAGAAGAGAUGUCACGAAAACACAAGUCACAGUGACAAUGUAGACAACUCUUCCCCAACAAAGAGCCACUGUAACACUCACACAAGUAAAAAGUCUUUAACAUAUGAAACUUUUCAAAGAGCUUUUCAGUGUGAAUCCAAAUUGAAUAUGCAUCUUAGGAACCAAACAGGUGAGAGGCCCUAUUCUUGUAUCACCUGCAGGAAAAGAUUCUGUCAUAUAAAACACUUGCAACAGCACAUAAGAAUCCACAUGGAUGAGAAGCCAUAUUUAUGUGAAACAUGUGGGAAAAGUUUCAAGACUACAAUAGCGAUGCUGGUCCACACAAGAACCCACACAGAUGAGAAGUCAAACACCUGCAACACCUGUGGGAAAAAAUUUAGGCACAAGUCAUCAUUGAGAGUUCACAAAAGAACCCACACAGGUGAGAAGCCACAUUUGUGCAAAAUAUGUGGCAAAUGUUUCCUACGUCGGGGUUCCCUGACUUUUCACAUGAUGACUCACACAGGUGAGAAACCAUAUUCUUGCAAGGACUGUGGGAAAGCUUUUAGACAGAGUGGUGCCUUAAACAUGCACAUUAGAACCCACACAGGUGAGAAGCCGUACAGCUGCAAGACUUGUGGGAAAACUUUCACGCAAUCAUCAUCCUUGCAAAGGCACAUUAGAAAUCAUACAGAUUAAAAUGGUAAGAAGUCUGUAUUUAUAUAGCCCUUUUCUAUUCUUGAUGAAUAGUUUUGCAAUCUACCCUUUCACACAGUGCUUCUCUGUGCUCACAUCAUUGCAGUGAUCGCACCACCGUCCUUCUCUGGUCAGAGGACGACUCGCUUUACCUCCUGAGCCACUGUACAGUCCCAGUAGCCACCACAGCACCCCCCCUGAAAAAAUAAAAAUAAUAAUAAAAUCA